CUCUCGGGAGGCUGGAUUAGCCACAAGUUGUGGUGAACCUGGGUAAAAUCGGUGUGCCUCUUUAUUUCCUCUUUACUUCUCGUUUAUUCAUUUUUAUUCCUGCGAUUUCUUGAUCAAACGCUAUUCACCCCCCCUCUAGCGUUGGUCUAUUAUUUUAACAAUUGGUAUCGGAGCCUAACUGGCGUCCAAACUUAAUCGUUUGAGAGUAAAGCGAUCAUGGGUUCUUCUUCUAGAAAUCUCUAUGCAGGAAUUGGAGAAAGUCAAUCAACUUCUAGGCCACCACUCUUUGACGGCAGCAAGUAUUCCUAUUGGAAGGAACGGAUGAGAAUCUAUAUCCGUUCCACCAACUUCCAAUUAUGGUUGGUCAUCAAAAACGGAGAGGAAAUCCCGAUGAAGAAAGUUGACGAUAAGUUGAUUCCCAAGACCGAAGAUGAGUUUGAUGCCGAGGACAUCAAGAAGAUUGAGAAUUAUGCAAAGGCCAUCAAUAUGUUAUAUUGUGCGGUCAACCCCGAUGACUACCGGAAAAUCUCUUGCUGCACAACCGCCAAGGAGAUGUGGGAUAAGCUUGAAGUGACGUACGAAGGUACUGAUCAAGUUCGUGAAGCCAAGAUCGAUUUUCUCACUCAAGAGUACGAAAUGUUCCGAAUGAAAGAAGGUGAGAAAAUCGAUGUCAUGUUCGACCGGUUCUCAAAAGACAUCAACGACCUUCAUGCUCUCAAAAAGACUUACGCCAAAAAGGAUCUCGUGAGGAAAAUCCUACGGAGUCUCACACCCGAAUGGAUGUCAAAAGCCGAUGCAAUCUACGAGUCCAUCGGAGUCUCCAUUGUCACCAUCGACGGGCUAAGAGGUAACCUCAAAACUUAUGAAUCUACUAUUCUAACCCCGUCUUUGGAUGAACAAAAGAAGAAAGGAAUAGCGCUCAAAGCAACCAAGGAGACCGUAGAGGAGGUUUCAAGCGAUGAUGACAACGAAUUUGGACUUGUCAUCAAGAAGUUCCACAAGUUCAUGAAGAAGGAAUUUGAGCAGAAGGAAAGAAAGCACGACGGUCCUCCCAAGUGCUACGGCUGUGGCGAGAUUGGUCACAUCAAGCCAAGUUGUCCAAAAGUGAAACACGGCAAGGAUAAGCCCGGCUUCAAGAAGAAAAGGGCUUAGAUCUCUUGGGGUGGCGAUUCCGGCUGUAACACCCGCCUUCCGUGGACCCGAAUCACCCGCGACCCAACGGACCGGUAGGAUUACAUGGAUAGUUUGAGAACAAUCCGUUACGGAAACAUUAAUGAUUAUUUAGUAAGAAAACGGUUGGGUUUUA